UUGAUUAUACAAUCUUUUUCCUCUCCGUGCAUGUGGAGAUGAGGAAGGAAGAGUAAGAGGGAGACUAAAUGGGAAGUUGCCCCCACGUUUCGUCUGCAUACUUCGUGGGUACAAACUACAUACCCCUCUGCUAUUUUCACAGAAAGAGCUUUCUCGGGAAACCCGUGGAAUUCGAAGAUUCCAUCCUGUUAAGACAAAAGUUCCAAAACACCUACAACCAAGGGGGGAGACAUAGGUAAGGAUUUAUUGAGUUUUUUGAGCAUUUUGGUGAUCUGGGUCAUGCUGCAUUAGCCUGUACUGUAGUCAUAAGGAUUAAGAGACUGUUGUUGAUCUGAUCAUUGCUCAAAGUUUUUGGUUUCCCGGUCUGGGUUUUGCUUAGUCAUUUUUUUUUUCUUUCUAUUUUUGGUAUAUGGGGUUUUCUGAGCUUGUCAAAUGUCAACGUUUGGAGAAUCUGGUUGUUUCAAGUGAAGGGAUUCUGGUACCAAUGGUAGCGCCUGGUUUGAUUGUAUUGGGUUUUUUCUGGGGUUGUCAAUACUGAGAAAAUUUGAGUGUUUUUUGCUUUGUUUGGUUUGAGGAAGACCUUUUUUGGCAUUGGAUUGUGCUCUGGAAUGAUGUGGUGAUGUAUUGUUUUGAGGAAAAAUUGGAGCUUUGGAUGUUUGUGAUUACUCUAAUCAUUCAAAUAUGACAAUGGAACUGUAGUAGUACAUUGUCGUUGUUAGGGGAGAUCCAUAGGAAGAUGGCCUCCACAACCCCUCCCUCCUCUGCGAAUUCACCAACUUCCUCUGUCACCUCACCGCCACCCCCUUCUUCUUCCCCUGCUCCGUCGAAUUCUUCAACUUCACCACCUCCUACAGUAUCUACGCCUAGUCAGACUACUGGCACCCCACCGCCUUCAUCCCCUUCAACCCCUUCAACUCCACCUCCUCGGUCUCCUCCACCGGCAGUCCCUGCUGCUCCUCCUCCACACCUCCUCCACCCAAUGACGCAACACCGCCUUCCUCCAAUUCUCCACCCCCACCAGUGCCAAAGUCGCCAACAAAUUCUCCUCCACCUCGUACACGUACGCCUUCUCCAUCUGCAUCUGCUUCUCCGCCCCCUAUUAGCUCUGCCCCAAAUAACACAUCGGCAUCACCUCCUCCUUCAGUUCCCUCAUCCUCUUCACCUCCUGCUACUCGGAGUAAUUCGCCGGCAACUGAAAGUCCGAGUAACUCAACAGUUUCUCCUUCUACCAAGGUAUCAAAUGAAACAUCUACAAAUACAGGUGGGUUAAGCACAGGAGGAUCUGUGGCAAUUGCCCUUGUGGUUGGGGUUCUAGUGAUUAGUCUUUUGGGGAUGGCUGUGUGCUUCUUACAGAAACGUAAGAAAAGGAGAACUGGAAGGAAUUUUGGGUAUCCCGUACCUUCUCCAUUUGCCUCCUCCCAGAAUUCAGAUUCAUUAUUUCUAAAGCCCUAUUCUCCAACUCCCCUAGUAAGAGAUGGUUCUGGUAGUGAGUUUAUGUAUACACCAUCAGAGCCAGGCGGUGUAAGCAAUUCAAGGUCAUGGUUCACUUAUGAAGAACUAAUCCAGGCCACAAAUGGAUUCUCAACACAGAAUCUUUUGGGUGAAGGUGGAUUUGGUUGUGUGUACAAAGGUGUCCUCACAGAUGGAAGAGAUGUAGCUGUUAAACAGCUGAAAAUUGGUGGUGGACAGGGAGAGCGUGAGUUCAGAGCAGAAGUUGAGAUAAUUAGCAGAAUACACCAUCGUCAUUUGGUCUCCCUGGUGGGUUACUGUAUAUCUGAGCGUCAAAGAUUACUUGUCUACGAAUUUGUCGCGAACGACACUCUUCAUUGUCAUCUUCAUGGUGAGGGCCAGCCUGUUAUGGAUUGGGCAACCCGACUGAAGGUUGCUGUUGGUUCAGCUCGAGGACUCGCUUACCUACAUGAAGACUGCCAUCCCCGCAUCAUUCACAGGGACAUUAAAUCAUCAAACAUCCUUCUUGAUAACAACUUUGAAGCUCGGGUUGCAGAUUUUGGGCUUGCAAAAUUAGCGUUGGAUUCGAAUACUCACGUGACCACACGUGUGAUGGGAACCUUUGGUUACAUGGCUCCAGAAUAUGCAACAAGUGGAAAGUUGACCGAAAAGUCUGAUGUUUAUUCCUUUGGGGUUGUGCUUUUAGAGCUGAUUACAGGCCGCAAGCCCGUAGAUUCCUCUCAGCCAUUGGGUGAUGAGAGCCUGGUUGAAUGGGCUCGACCGUUGCUUACUGAAGCACUUGAAGAUCAAGAUUUUGAUGGUUUGAUAGAUCCAAGGAUGGAAAAGAACUAUGUCAAAAUUGAAAUGUUUCGGAUGAUUGAGGCAGCUGCAGCUUGUGUGCGUCAUUCAGCUGCAAGGAGGCCACGAAUGAGUCUGGUGGUGAGAGCUUUAGAAACUUUAGAGGAAUUUUCAGAUCUCACCAACGGAAUGAAACCUGGGCAAAGCGAAGUAUUCGAUCCAUCGCAACAUUCCGCACAAAUCAGGAUGUUUCAAAGGAUGGCAUUUGGUAGUCAAGAAUACAGUUCAGAAAUGUUCAAUCAAACACAGGGUAGCUUGAGGAGCGGAGAGCAUGGGUACCCAAAAAGCCCGUCAUCGGUAAAUACAUCUGGCGUAUGGAGCAAUUGAAAUGAAUUUUGGCUUACUAUGGUAAACCUGGGAUGAAUUCAUCAUGCUUGAAAGGAUUAAGUUUUGUUCAUCUUGGGAUGAAAUUUGUGGCCCAUGAUAACCUUGGAACGUGUCCUUUUGCUCGUUUCAUGUAAAUCUUUUGCACAUUAUUUGCUCUAGUUCUUUGUUCUCUUGGCUAACAUCAUUUUGCUAGCGGGGAUGCUUGAUUUUGUAUUCUUUUUUAUAUAUAGAUACUUGAUGCAGCCUUUCCUUGUAUUCUUUUUGUUGAUUUGAUGUAUAAUUUCUCCCUUUCCUUGA